AUGGGCGUAAACAACAGGAGGAACGUCACCAUGGAGAUCACCAAUCUCACCAACGACUACUGUCUAAUCAACCCCAAGGUAUUCCUGGAGAGUAGGGACACCUACACCCCCUCUCAGCCCCGAGUGAGGUCAUCAACAGGCUGUGUUGGUGUUCUGACCUAUGACCUUUUAACUAAUAACAACUACAUGGAGACCGUAGCCAUCAUGUUCUCUGCGCCCUGGGACUACAACCUGUACAAGAAUUGGUUUACCGUGGGUAUCCAUGACAAGAGUGGUGACUGUGAUAAGACUUUUUUAAAGAGAUGAGACUAUGAGAAGAACCAGAAGGGUUUUGUCAGGGAGGAAGCCAGUGGAUCAGGGUUAACAGUGGGGAAGUACCUGGAGGUGAAGGCCACCCUGUCUCCCAAGGGCGAGGCCAUCAUGGAAGUGGAGCUGUGGGACAAGUCUUAA